CUAACAGUUAUCAUGUUUAAAAGAGAUAUAAGGUGCUCAUGAUUUGGUACCGGAACCAUAGAGCGAUGCACAUUUACCGGGAAGACUUAGAACCAAACACCAAGAGGAGGCUCUAAUGCUGAUGCAAGUUCAAUGAGUGACCAGUCUGUUGCGUUCACACGUCUGAGGAUGACGGAUUGCAAAGGAGACGGGGAAGCAGUCAAGAGUCCCAUGGAGCUCUAUGAGAAGUUGUCAGAACAAGGAGACAAAGUGAGGACCUUAAAAUCUGCAAAAGCUGAGAAAGCUGAAGUUGACGCCGCAAUCCAGUUGCUGCUAAAGUUGAAAAUGGACUACAAACAGUUGACAGGUCAGGAAUACAAACCUGGCUGUCCACCUUCAGAAAACUCAGCAGAGAAUGGCUCUGUAGCAGAUGAUUGCGAUGAUGAAGUUAACCCGUGGAAUGUCACAACCAGCAACGCAAAGGGUGUCGAUUACGACAAACUCAUUGUGAGGUUUGGCACUAGUAAAGUUGACCAGGAACUGGUAGACAGAAUAGAGAGAGUGUCAGGACAGAAACCUCACCACUUUCUUCGUCGGGGAAUCUUCUUCUCACACAGAGACAUGCAUCAGGUUCUGGAUGCAUAUGAGAAGAAGAAGUCCUUCUUCCUGUACACUGGCAGAGGCCCGUCAUCACAGGCCAUGCAUGUCGGUCACCUCAUCCCCUUCAUCUUCACCAAAUGGCUGCAGGAUGUGUUCGACAUCCCCCUGGUGGUCCAGCUGACCGAUGAUGAGAAGUACCUGUGGAAGGAUCUGACGCUAGAACAGUGCCACCAGUUUGCCGUGGAGAACGCCAAGGACAUCAUUGCCUGUGGUUUUGACAUCAACAAGACUUUCAUCUUUUCUGAUCUCGACUAUAUGGGAGCUUCACCUGAAUUCUACAGGAACGUGGUUAAGGUUGAAAAGCAUGUGACAUUUAAUCAAGUCAAAGGUAUCUUUGGCUUUACGGACAGUGACUGCAUUGGAAAGAUAAGCUUCCCAGCCAUCCAGGCGGCCCCAUCCUUCAGUAACUCUUUCCCACACAUUUUCGGGGACAAAAAGGACAUCCAGUGUCUCAUCCCGUGUGCCAUAGACCAGGACCCCUACUUCAGAAUGACACGUGACGUCGCUCCGAGACUCGGCUAUCCCAAACCAGCUCUGUUGCUCUCUACCUUCUUCCCAGCCCUGCAGGGGGCGCAGACAAAGAUGAGUGCCAGCGAUGCCAAUUCCUCCAUCUUUCUCACAGACACUGCCAAGCAGAUCAAAAACAAGAUCAACAAAUAUGCCUUCUCGGGGGGAAAAGACACAGUGGAGGAACACCGUAAAUAUGGUGGCAAUGUAGAGGUGGAUGUCUCCUUCAUGUACUUGAGCUUCUUUUUGGAAGAUGACGAACAACUGGAGAAGAUCAGACAGGACUACACAAGUGGUGCACUCCUAACCGGAGAACUGAAGAAGAUUUUGAUCGAAACCCUGCAGCCCCUUAUUGCCAAGCAUCAGGAGCAACGCAAGCAAAUCACGGAUGAGACUGUAAAGCAGUUCAUGACACCCAGGCCUCUCAAUUUUAAACUCUAGCUUGCUUUAGAUAACAAAUAUAAUGGCGAAUUGUGUUAUUACUGGUAGAAGGAACACAACAGUUUGGCGUCUAUGUGGGUUGGCGAAGUGGUCAUUUACACUGUACUGUCAAAUGACAUGUGCCUCUGUGUCAUAUUAAGCAUUGCAAUGACCUCUUGCUGCUUGUCAUGCAUCACCUGACUAUUUAAAACUGGGAAAUAUGAAGUAGGACAGUUGUUGUUAUUGUCAAAUCAGAAUACUUAAGGGACCUUUACCUGUCACCUUUCUCAAGGGCGCUAAAUCAUGUCAUCAACAGGCAUGCCGUGUCUUAAUGUGUCUUUUUUUUAUAUAUAUACUUGAACAACCCACCUGUCCAGAACAAUAUGCCGCAUCCCAGCAUCAGUGUUGAUAUUUAACAACCUUUUACACAUCACCCCAGGUAAACGGCUGUAAAUGAUUGCAAUAAAAAUGUCGGAAUACCACUUGGCAUGAUAUUAUUACUAUCUUCAUCCAAUGUGGAACACAUACACAACAAUGGACGUGCAGCGAUACGAUGGGAGAAAGUAUUGCCGGUGUGAUUUUUUUCAAAGAAUUUUUGUGAUACAGAUGCAUUACUUUUGAACCGCCAAACGCUUUACUUUGACCUUUAACUUUAUUCUGACCUAAACACAUCAACAAUGAAGCUACUGAGACUCUAGUCCUUUCAGCCUCAAAACAAAACAUCAUUGUCACUACAC